AUGUCUGAUUUUGGUUCCAUGGAAGUUAACAAUUCUGUCAUUACAAGUUUUGAUGAGCCAAUUGGGUCUUACUGGGACUGGGCCCCAGGAACUGCUGAAUCUCAGGCACUUGUGUUGUCUGCCCCGGAUUGUGGAGAUUUCAACAGCAGUCCAGUUGGUGCCAAUGUGAUGGAUGUUUCAGAUCAAAUUCUUUUGCCUGUUGGGUUUUCUUCCUUUGAGAGCUUUAAUCCAACUCCUCCAGCAGUCAUGGAGGAAUAUCUUAACAAAGAUCAAGAUAACUUGAAUAACUCCAUGUCAAUGGAUCCAACUAAUCAAACUCAAAUGUUGUAUACAGGGGAGUUUGAUCAUAUAAUCAAAGCUGAAGCAAUUAUGACAUUUGCACCUGAAUUUGGGGCUGUUGAGGCCCCUACUAGUGGGUUAUCCACAGCAUUAUUCAGAAGCCCAUAUUUUCCAAGUUCUCGAAAAGCAGAGAGUUCAAAUUUUUGUUCAAACAAUUACCUGUAUGGUGCAGAGCCACCUUCUUCUCCCUAUAUUGAAGGAUCAGAUGGGAAGAACGGACUGGUUAUUAAUACAACAUGUUCUGGAAAACAUGAUACAAGUAUGACUCCACUCAAAAAAUUACUAUACUUUUGUGGAGAGUAGGAAAGACAUAA